CGGGGACGCGCAAGAAGCGAGUGCGCUGCGGACGGGGAACUGCUCCGGAACUGAAAAACUCAACAACAAACUGGAAUAGCUGCGGUUUCUCCCUAAUAAACGCGUUAAAAUUACAGAAAUCAAAAGGUAUGAAGUUCGACCUCUCUUUUUGAUAGUCAGUUGAGCUUCUGUGAGCUCUAGCGUUUAGCUAGCUAGCUAGUUCCAUCUUUUCGACAAUGCAGGGCGCAACAGGUUUCUAGCUAAUGCUAACGUAUUAUUAUUAGCUAGCUAGUUAGUCAGCUGGUUAAUGAUUAGCUAGUUUGUAUCAACAUUGUUUGAACAACUGCAUGUAGAAGACAUCACAGCUAAAUUACAUAUCCACAACUUCACAAGCAUACGGGGAGAACAACUCAAGUAAGUUAGUAGGCUAACUAGCUAAUUUAAUGCUAGCUAGCUGAGCACUGACUACACACACACACAGUCACUACUGAAUUCUUAAUAGAUGUCUGCCAUGUUAUGCCAGUCUGCUCAGUAAAACAUCCACACAGUAACGUUAUAUUCCAGCGCUGUAAACAUAGCGAGUCAGUUACACAUUGGUAAAUAACUGGUUCUACUUUGAGACAAUUGAGUUUAAUGGAUUGAGAAGCAUUAUGGUACGGUAGUAAAAGUAGACCAGUCUAUUGUCCAUUGUUUUUUUCUGGACAGCCCCUGUUGUGGAGUAGUACUACAGUACUUGCCUAAUAGGCUUAGUUUGUAAGUGUCUGAGUUCCAAUGAAAUGAGAGCAUUGUUUUCAGUCACAUGCAGAUUCUAGGUCAGCUGUGUUAGUGAAUAGGAACAUAUGAGGGGUUUGCCCGUAGCUGGGUCACCUCCCCCAGUGGCAUAAACUUCGAUGUUGGUUUCAAGAGUACAGUGUAAUGCUGUGGAUUGUUGUCAAGCAGAAAGGGCUCCCUGCCAUGCAGAAUAGGAAAUGCUCUGUCACAUAUUUAUAUUCAGAACUAAACAGGCCCUUUCUCAUUUUCCCAUACUCUCUUUAUCCAAAAGAAUAGGAAGUCCUCUGUUGACAUCACUUCCUGUCUGCGGCGGCUAUGUCGUGCCGGGACAUCCACGCCACCAAUGCCUUCUCCUUUAUCAUCGCCUUCAUCUCCGUGGGCGGCAUCGCUGUGGCGACGCUGAUCCCACAGUGGCGAGUGACACGACUUGUCACCUUCAACAAAAACGCCAAGAACAUCAGCGUCUACGACGGCCUGUGGGCAAAGUGUGUGAAACAAGAUGGCUACUCUGGCUGCUACUACUACGACUCAGAGGUAUGGGUCUGAUGAUCGCACAUGUAAUGAUUACAAAGUCAUAAGGACAUACAGUAUCCCAUAUUCCCCCCAUAUAGUGCACUAUACAGGAAACAGGGUGCCAUUUGAGAUUUGCAUAAAUUAUUUAUCAUUUAUUCCUUCCUUCUCCCCACAGUGGUAUUCUAAAGUGGACCAGUUGGACCUGAGACUGCUCCAGUUCUGCCUGCCGACUGGGCUACUGUUUGGCUCCCUGGCCCUGGUGCUGUGUAUGGCAGGCAUGUCUAAGACCUGCUGCUGCUCUGAUAAGCCUGAGGCAGACAUCAAGAGUACCCGCUGUCUGGUCAACAGCGCAGGCUGCCACCUAGUGGCCGGGAUGUUCCUGUUCCUGGGCGGGGCCAUCGCCCUGGCGCCAUCCGUGUGGUUCUUGUUCCGGACCAAGGAGAUGAACAUCAAGUUCGACCGCAUCUUCUCCGACGGGUUCGCGGUCUACGUGGCCAUCGGCUGUUCCGGCGGCCUCAUGCUCGCCGCCCUGCUGAUGUUCAUGUGGUACUGCAUGUGUAAGAAGCUGCCCUCUCCCUUCUGGCUGCCUCUACCCACCCUCCCCAACUCCCUCUCCACCCAGCCCCUCACCGCCAACGGGUACCCCCCCUCCCCCGUCUAUGGCCCCCCUCAGACCUUCCCUCCACAGGGAUACGCCCCCACUGUGAUGGAUGCCCAGCCCUACGCGCCCUCCCAGGGCUACCCUCAGAGCGUAGCCCCCCCUGCCCUGCAGCCCCAGCAGGUCUAUUUGUCCCAGAUGUCAGCCCCGGAUGGGUAUGGGUCAGAGAUGGGGGUGAACCAGGCUUACAGCUACACCCCGUCCCAGAGUUAUGCCCCCUCUCAGGUGGGCUACGCCCCCAGCUACGUAGGCCACCGCUACUCAACACGCUCACGCAUGUCUGGCAUAGAGAUAGACAUCCCUGUUCUAACUCAAGGCCUCUGA